AUGCUGCCGAAUUGUCCGGCUUGUACCAAGAUGUCCAACUCAGCGGUGGGAUUGACGCCAGGUGAGUUCCAGGACUCCAUUGAGAAGGUUUUUGAGACUUUCAAAGCGGAGAUUUUUCAUCUACACAAAGCUUCAUAUGCCGAUGUGAUGAGAGAGAGAGAUUCCUUGAGGCGAGAGCUGGAUCAGAUCGCUUUCGAAAAGUUGGCCCAGCGGGAGCUUAAGCGGAACCAUCGGGACCAGGAGACGAUCUCCUUGCCCGUCAUGGAGGCUCAGAAGGACCACGUCAUCCUCGAGGCCCUGGCGGAUGGCGGGAUCGAGGUGGAAGAGCCUGAACCGUCGGAGAAGGUGUUGGAGAACUGGAGCUCCAUAGUGCAAGGGGCAGCAAUGAGCAUCAGUAUGAGCAGGAAGGUGCAGAAGUCCAAGGUCACAUUGGCCCUGAAAGAGUUGUGGGUGGCAAAGCAGUCUGCUCAACAGGCUGGCUUUGCAGCAGCGUCUAAGUUGCGUUUGAAUAUCACCACGGAUUUCAAGACCGGCGACCAGAUGCUUGGGACGCCCCUUCUGCAACGCUUCGUGAUGAACCCCUACGGAGCCACCCGCUUGGCUUGGGGCGUGCUGGGGGUUGCUAUGAUCUUCUGGGAUCUGGUGGUCAUCCCAUUAACGGUCUUCAACCUGGGGAGAUUCGAAGCCUUCGUCGACAUCAUGUCGGUGGUGACCUUCAUCUACUGGGCCAUAGACCUGCCAGGUACUUUCCUGGUGGGGGUGGAUGUGGACGGAACGUUGGAUAUGCGGCCGGGGCCAAUCGCCAAAAAGUACUUGACUGGUUGGUUCUUUCCAGAUUUCCUCAUCCUGCUGAUUGACAUUGUGCUUUUCAUUAUGACUGCGGUGGCCUCGGACGCCUCCACACCACAAGCCUUGCGAACUGCGUCCUUGGUCCGGUUGCUACGACUUUUUCGCAUCGUGCGUUUGGUGAGGCUCCACAAGGCUGCAUCAAUCGUCGAGGUGAUCAUGAUGCGGGUGCGAUCUGAAUACUUGACCUUAGUGUUGAAGAUUCUCCGCCAGUCCAUGAUCAUCAUCGUCGUGAAUCACUACAUUGCGUGCGCCUGGUUUGCAUGCAGCGACAAUAUCGAAGGGCCAGAUACCUGGGUCAAUGCGUUCGGCCUCAAGCAUGCUGACGUGGCCUCGCAGUAUUUGGUCAGUUUCCAUUGGGCGGUCACUCAAUUUGCGCCAGCGACCAACAAUGUGGCACCACAGAAUGCCAUCGAACGAGCUUUUGCCUCGUUGAUUGUGAUUUAUGCCUUCGUGGCCUUUUCUUCCUUCGUGAGUGCGAUGACCAACGCCACCAACGAGCUGAGAGCAUUCACGCUAAAAAGUGCACGGCAAGAAGCCCAAAUUCGGAAAUUCCUGGGUGACAAGAGCGUUGCCAGCAGCGCCUCACGCUUCGAUCAGAUGCAGGGCCUGCCAUCCUCAGCACAGGAUUUUCUGUACCGAGGGAAGCUUGGCAGGAAGUUUGGUCAGAGGGGCGCGGAAGAGAGGCUUCGCUCCAUGGACCUCCCCAAGAUCGAGCUCACCGAAGAACAACGCGCAAUGUUCAACACGGUGAAGGACUGCAUCUAUGACUCGCACUGGGAAGGUGCCUUGGAAGUCUACCAGAAAAUCCCGGAGGAGAUCGAUAGCAGCUGGCAGCCUGUGAUGCGGGUCAUCCUCAACUGCUUUUGCAAGUCCUUGAGGCACCGUGAGGCUGCAAUGGUCUUUGAACGUUUUCCCGGACGAGACACCUUGGCAUACAACAUGUACUUGAACUUGCUGGCUCGCUUGAGGCACACACGCGAUUUCGACAAAGUCUUGCAAAGGAUGGAGGAAGAGAAUAUUCCUCAAUCCUCAGUGACCAUUUGUGCUAUCAUGAGCAUGUGCAAAGAGACCAACGACUGGCAACAGGCCUUGCAGCUCCUGGAGGGGCUGAAGUCGGACACUGAUGCAGAUUCCUCCAUUGAAGUUCCCUACUUGCUAGCCAUGACUGCCUGCGCGCGGGCCCGCGCCAAAGACAAAGUCAAUGAGCUUUUUCAGGAGGGCAAGCGGAACGCCAAUUUCCGAGUGAAAUGUAGUCAUUACAACACCCUGAUCGUCGCUUGUGGAACUGAUGCUGCAGCUGCUAGAGAGGUCUUUGAUCAGAUGAAGGCCGAAGGUUUCGAACCCUCAGGUUCGGACUGGAGAGCGUUGCUGUCGUCCCACCGUGAGGAUCUUCAGGGACAGCGUGGCGUCUACAACGAGAUGCGCGAGGUCAGCCCAUCCGAAGCUCUGGAGGAAGCCUGGGCGAUUCUCCUGCGCAGUGCGAUCCAGGAGGAUAACUCUGAAGCGGUGAACUGGGCUGUGGAAGAGAUGAGCCGCAACGGCUGCAGCUUGGACUCGGAGCACGCUGCCAGGGUUCCUUCCUUGCGCCGCGCCGUGGCGCAGCUGAGUGAGUGGCAGCAGCUCCGACCGCAGGAAUCUGCAGAAUCCCAGGCUGCGCCGGCGGAGGCUGCGUUGCCAGAUGGCUGGCAAUCCACCUUGGAUCCCAGUAGCGGCCAAAGAUAUUAUUGGCACGUGGGAGAUCCUGCCGGCACAACCACCUGGGAAAGGAAAGUCUCUUCAGAUCUUUGGUGUCAGAUUCGCCAGUUCUGCAAGGCUAAGGCGGUCUCGCAGAUGGUCAGUGAGAAGGAAAUCGCUGUGCUGAAUGACAUCCCGGAGAGCUUGCGCAUCAUGCUGCACGAGGAGCUUUAUCAAGACAUCGUCUUGGGUUCGCACAUCCUCUCAGGAAUUCAGGUAGGGGACGACAUUUCCCAAGCCGUCAAGCACUUCUGCCAUUUUUGCUUCAGCGAAGAGAUCUUCUCGGCCAAGCUGGACAUCUUCAUGGACGGAACGGAGGCGCAGCGGGUCUAUGUGUCCCGAGGCGGGAAGUGCAUCUAUUGGAGCAUUCUCCUUCCUAAGAAUCGUCAGACGUUGGAAGGAACCAACUGGUUGUCCGAGCUCGCCUUGUGGGCCAAAUGGCACCAUCGCGGUCAGCUGGUGGCCGAAACCACUACACGUUUUAUGACCUUGGAUCCUAAGAGCUUCGCUACCAUCGCGGCGAGCGAAGGAGGUGCGUUGCACGCCUAUCUUCGAACCCUUGGCCUAUUACUCAUCAGCCACGCCGAAGCUAUGGAGGAAGAUGAAGAGGUCACAGAUUUGACCCUGGGGGAACGGCUCAUCCGAGCUAUGGCCAAGAGGUCCUACGGAUUCUUGAGCUUCGGCUCAGGAGGUCGCACAGACAAGUCCAUAAGGAUGACUCACUUGGGCGAGAUGGCUGGGUUUCAACUCGGCUCCGAUCUGCGAAGAAAGAACAUGGCGCAGUAA